AUGCCACCGCGACGUGCGACGAGAUCCACUCCGGCAUCACCUUCUGAGGUGCCAGAGCAGUCUGGGUCUGAUGAGGUUCAGGAGCUGCGUGCUCAGGUGAGCGCGUUAGUCGGGGCUAUGCAGAGACAGGGGGAGCAUAUAAAGAGUUUACAGGAUCUAAUGUCGCGACAGGCGAUGACAGCAGCACCGGGGAGUCAGGAUGUACCCGUAUCCGAGGCACUGACGUUCGUGCCUCCUGUUCCGCCGAUUGUUCCUCCUGUGGUUUCUGGGCCCUCUGGUUCUGAUGUGACCGCGUUAGAGGCUGAGCGCGCGCGAUUUAUAAAGGUACUAGAGGCAUUUAUGCGGUUUAAUCCGCCUAUGUUUGAUGGAAAAGAAGCAGAUCUGUGGGUAGUGGAGACAUGGCUUACAGCGAUGGAGGCAUUAUUCGAGGAUAUUUACACUUUGGAAAGGGAUAAGGUUCCUUUGGCGGCACACUGCUUUGAGAAAGAUGCACAAAUUUGGUGGCAAAAGGCCAAGAAGAAACGGGCAUCAAACCUAUCACCCCUCACUUGGGAGGAGUUUCGAGAGAUGUUAUUUAUGGAGUACUUUCCCGACAGUGAUAAAAGGAAAAUGAAGGAAGACUUCCGUAAGUUGAGACAGGGAAACCGUUCGGUACGGGAGUACGAACGGAAAUUUACUCAUUUGGUGAACUGUGUGCCGGGGAUGGUUCAUACAGAUCGAGAUCGAGCGGACUGCUUUGAGCGGGGGUUGCGACCUGACAUAUUCAGGACAGUCAAUGCUCCAAAGUUAAAAACUUUUGAGGAAGUUCUAGAUCGAGCUCUUUGGGUUGAGCGCGGGAAUGCGAUUGCGCGUGACGAACGCGAAUCGUUUGAGAGAGAACGAGAAAGAGAAAAAGAAAAGAAGAGGACUACUAGUGGUGCUGGGGGACAGUCGAGCUCUAAACGGCCCUCUCGGUAUCCACGUUCUCAGUCGAGGUACCCCGAGAUGUGUGAUAUGCGGCGGAAAUCAUCGACCGAUGGCUUAUCCACAGCGGGAAGGUAA